AUGGCCAAAUCUUUCCUGUUGCUAUCCGGGCUCGUCCAUAGCAUCAAUGCUCAAGCUAGACUCAGUGAUCAUGUUGAUCCCCUCAUUGGCACAGAAUGUGCCACUGCCGGCUCUACAAUGGCCAAGCCCGGCAUCGAUACCAGUUUCCUUGGUUUACGGAAUGGAACAGACUGUGAUGGGCGCCGACGUAUGGACUUAUUGCGCAGAUGCCGUUGCUGGGGGGGUUCGGAGGGGGUUAAUCUGGCGGGUAAUAAUACGUACUCGCAGAACCGAUUGCUGGAGCUUGAGAUGGCGAGUGUGGGGAAGUUCACGACGACGUUGGUGGAUGGGGUUAGGAUUGGGAUUGCGAGUGCGGAGAAGAGUGGAGUUGUGAGGUAUACGUUCCCGAGCGGUGGGCAGGAGGGUUCGAUGAAGUUGAUAUUGGAUCCAUCGUAUGGCUCGACUGAAGCGCCAACAAGCCCAGCGGGUUCAAAUUCUGACGACGCUCACGCUCUGCUCGAUCUCACUCAUGUCCUGUCCAGCUACAGUAUCCAGGACUACUCGCAGAAGUUCUUGCGCGGCAACCUCCACAUCCGAACGGGCUCAAACGAUCAGCCUUCGUACUAUGGCUCAGCUUCGUAUACCGGUCUGGCAGCUACGGAUGCGUACGUGGAGCAGCAGACUCUCGAGUCUGUGGCGGGAGCUGGUACUUUCAAUCGGCCUUAUGACCCGGUCGUGCCGUUGAACUUCACUCUUCGACCUUCGCCCCAGUCUGCGAGGGAUGCUGUGGUUCAUACUGGUAGUGCUCAGGGUCUUGGGGCGUUGUUCAGCUGGAGCCGAACUGGGUCGAAUAGCACGGAGGCAAGUGUUGUUGAGUCAAGGAUUGGAAUCUCAUACAUCUCAGCAUCGCAAGCUUGCUCGAACCUGCAGACUGAACUACCUUCGUCCAUCACCUUCAAAGAUGCAAUCCUCGACGAUGGCUCAGACAGCAGCACAAACAACACAUUAAAGCGCAUGCUAUACACCGCGCUAUACCAAACCGGCCUCAUGCCAACGGACAACACCGGUGAAAAUCCCUACUGGCACACCGACGACGACGACGAACCUUACUACGACGAUCACCACACACUAUGGGACACCUACCGCACAGCUAUGCCCCUCUACCACUUACUCUUCACCACCACCUACAGCCGCGUGCUCAGCGGCCUCGUCUCCAUCUUCAAGCACGAAGAUCUCCUACCAGCCGGCCGCCCAGGUAACUGGAACGGCCGCGUACAAGAAGGCACGCACGCGGACAUGGUGCUGGCAGAUGCUUUCGUUAAGGAUGUAGUCAUCAUCGAAGGUCAAGAAGGAGAUAAGAUCCUCAACAUACCCUGGACCGAUGCCCACUCCGCCCAACUCCGCCUCCACUACAUCACCCGCAACCGAAGCCGCAGUAUCUCCCGCGGCCUCGAAUACGCACAAAAAGACUUUGCGAUCUACAGCAUGGCCACCGGCCUCAAUCACACUUCCGACAUCACCUCCUUCCGCGACCGCGCAGACUGGUGGCAGAAUCAAUGGAAGCCCUCCGAAAACAUCACCCUCCCAGGCGAAGCCGGCAUUUUCACCGGUUUCCCAGCCCCUUGCAAUAGCGAUGGCAGCUGGAACUACACUUCCUACAAACCCGUCACCUGCGACAACUGCGGCUGGAGCGGCGAUAUCUAUGAAGCGACAGUGUGGGAGACGGCCUUCUCCGCUGCGCCUCACGAUAUGGCGAGAUUGAUAGACUUGAUGGGCGGUGAUGACGAUUUCAUCAAACGUCUCGACACCUUCGUCCCAGGUCUAGGUCAAGGAACCGGCAACGCGAACAAUGAUGCUGGCACAGCGGUUUUUAACCUGGGCAAUGAGCCGAGUUUCAUGACGCCUUGGUUGUAUCAUCAUGUCCCUGGGAAGCAAUGGAAGACUGUGAACCAAACGAGGGCGAUAAUCGAUCAGUUCUAUUCUGAUGAGAGGAAUGGAUACCCUGGCAACACGGACAGUGGCGCUCUUCCAAGUUGGCUCCCAAUAUAUCUCAUUGGAGCGCCCAGGUUCUCGGGGUUGAGGGUGAAGCUGUUUGCUGGGACGGGGAGGGAGGCGGUUUUGGAAAUCAAGGCGGAGGGAAUGGCGAAUGACAAGUUUUAUCCGCAGUCGGUGAUGCUGAAUGGGCAGAGGCUGGAUAGGAGCUGGAUCAGUCAUGACGAGCUUAGUAAAGGAGGAACGCUGAGCUCCGAAAUGGGCAGUGAGCCGGGUGAUUGGGUCUCUGGAGAGAGGCCGCCUUCGUUGUCGCCUUGGAUGAACUAG